AUGAGCCAACAAAAAACAAACGGCGUUACCUCUGUAUCUUUAUUAUCGAAGAAAUCUACAAGCACACAAACCAUGAAUAUUUCUACAGAUCAAGAGAGUCUAACAUACCUAAUCCAAGGUCUAAUUUCUUGUAGUCUGGCACACUUUAAUCUUGACAUGAAUGUAAUCUUCAUUGGCGGUAAAACGGAAGGUGUAUGCAAAAUUAGCAGCGUGGACCUACGUUUAUCAAGUGUGUCGCUGUAUUGUGAGUAUGAGCUCGGAAAUUUUUACAUUUCCCAACCACCGCCAAGUUUUUCAGGAUUUCCUAUUAUUUUGAAGAGUCCAUUUAACUCAAUUGGGAUGAUCAUUACGGGACUCGAUCAGAGCAAAACAAAGUUUAUUGAUAAUAUUAACUAUAUUAUCGAAUUUGUUGAAAUGUUUGAAGUUGAAGAUCACAGCAUUAACAACUCUGAUCCUUCUACAAAAACAUCUGCAGCUCCGCAGACCAGAACAGUCGCGACACAGACGAAUCCCUGCAUUGAGAACAAAGAAACGCUAACCUAUAUUGCGAAAGGUAUAAUGUUCAAGAGCAUAUGCUUUUUUACUUGGGAUGAAUAUGAAGCAUUUAGAUUCGGAAAAAAAGAGGGCAUAUUGCGGCUUAUUAGUUCUAACUCCAAAUUAACUGGCAUGACACUAACAUGCAAUUACACACUAUCAAAACGUCAACUCAAUUUUCAGGGUGAUGUUGGUUAUCCCAUAAUUGUGAGCUGUUCGUAUGGAAGUGUCAAGACUUUACUUACACUUGAUAAGAAGAUGAUUAUGGAUAAUAAUCCUAUGGACAUUACUGAUUUUUCUUCAACACCACAGCAG